AUGGAUACUGGUGGUGUAACGCAGGUGUUGAGUUCUCAGCAAAAAGGAAGAGAUGCACCCAAAGAUGGAGAUGAUGAAGUUCCUUCUCCAGUUAAUAAACCAGCUGCAGGACAUGCAGCAAAAUCCUUACCAGCGGCCUCGUCUUCGUUGCUUUCCUCUCCUUCCACGUCUUCAACAAUGUCCCCAGGGCGAGCAAAGAUGAGUGUUUCUGGACCUGUUAGUAGUAAACCUGUCCUGCCACCCGCCCCUCCAUCUUCCUCCUCUCCCUCCGGCUUGUUGGAUCCACCCAAAAUCCAUCGAGCACGUAAAACUAUGACCCGGCAACCAACAAUGCAGUUUGAAGAUGGUGGGGGAGCAGCAGGGCAGCACGUUAAAGACUCAGAGGGAUUCGUCAACAUGUCAGAUCCCGAAUCGGAUUCUGAACCACAAAGCGACUUAAUGAGUCAGAGAAAGCCUCAAGAGUUUCCAUGGAAACAGGCGCAUCAGGCAAAAGAUAGAAUCAGCUCUGAUGAAUUGGAGACAGCUGAAGGCGGAAGGUCGACUGAGUACACAGAAGUUCCCUUAGAUGCUUUGGACAUUGCUGCUGCCGACAGCCUCACGCUCUCACCUCAUCAUGAGGGAAGCGAUGGAGGGGACACGGAACGGUUGGAGGAGCUUCCCCUUUGCAGUUGUAGGAUGGAGGCGCCCCGUGUUGACAGCACCAACCAGCGUGUGAGCAGACAAUGUAUGGCCACGGAGAGCAGCAAUGGAGAACUGAAGCCUUGCAGCAACGUGACGUCCAAAGGGGAGACCAUGCGGCCGUCAAGCCGAGUACCCCUGAUGGUGCUUUGCGACACCCAUCGCUCACACAUGGUUAAACACCACUGCUGUCCUGGUUGUGGUUUCUUUUGCAUAGCAGGAACAUUCCUGGAAUGCUGCCCGGACCAGCGCAUUGCCCACCGUUUCCACCGAGGGUGUGUCACGGUGCUCGGCGGUGGGCGGAGGACAAAUGGCGGAAUGCUUUUCUGUCCCCACUGUGGCGAGGAUGCCACCGAGGCUCAAGAGGUUACCAUCCCUUCCUUCAGCUCAGCUUCCGCAAACAUGGUCGUCACCAUGUCAGCGUCCUCCACCACAACACCGUCUCUGCCGCCGUCAGUCCCUACGGCGCCCUCUCUCACAGCCUCCACAGGAGGGAUGAAAGAUGGGAGGAUGCCCGAAAGACCCGUCAGUGCACGUAUGCGGAGCCAUGGAAUGACAACCUUAACCGUGGAGCAACAGCAACCGCCCCAACCUGUGCCUUCGACACCAUCCGCCGCUACUGUGCCGCCUCCUGAGGAGGGAGUGGACAGCGUGGGUCCUUCAGCUUGUAUGCCAAAUGGGAAGCUUGUUUGCCCCAGUGCUCUCCCGGCAGGACCGAGCAGGGCGGCACUACAAAAGGCUAUUCUCACACAAGAUACCGAAAGGAGAAAGAAACUGAGGUUUCACCCCCGACAGCUCUACCCUGCUGCAAAGCAAGGGGAAGUGCAGAGAGUUCUGCUCAUGCUGAUGGAGGGAAUUGAUCCCACAUACCAGCCUGACUCUCAGAACCGGCGUUCUGCUCUGCACGCUGCCGCUCAAAGAGGUCUUUUGGAAGUCUGCUAUAUUCUUCUGCAGGCAGGUGCUCACAUUGAUGCUCAGGACAAGGACCAGAGAACACCUCUCCUGGAAGCCAUCAUCAACAAUCACAUAGAGGUGACCCGAUACCUGAUCCAAAAUGGCGCCUGCGUCUACCAUGUGGAGGAAGAUGGAUAUACUGGUCUCCAUCAUGCAGCCAAACUGGGCAACCUAGAAAUUGUCAACAUACUACUGGAGACGGGACAGGUGGAUGUGAAUUCACAGGAUAAUGGUGGAUGGACACCAAUCAUCUGGGCUGCAGAACACAAACACGUGGAGGUGAUCAAAGUGCUGCUGAACCGAGGAGCUGACGUUACCAUUAAUGAUAAGGAGUUGAACGUGUGUCUCCACUGGGCAGCUUACGCAGGAAACGUGGAUAUUGCCGAGAUGGUGUUGAACGCCGGUUGUUCUCUUGCGUCGGUAAACGUGCACGGUGACACACCGCUGCACAUUGCCGCCAGAGAAGGAUACUUGGAAUGUGUUACGUUGUUUCUUUCCAGGGGUGCAGAUAUCGACAUUAUUAACAGAGAAGGAGACACCCCUCUAACCCUUGCACGCUCUGACACGCCAGUAUGGGUUGCACUCCAGAUCAACAGGAGGAUACGAAGGGGAAUAACCAAUCGCAUGCUUAGGACGGAAAGAAUUAUAUGCAGUGAUAUUGCCCAGGGCUACGAGAACGCACCUAUUCCUUGUGUGAAUGCAGUAGAUGACGAAGGCUGUCCUUCAGACUACAAAUAUGUUUCAGAAAACUGCGAAACGUCAGCAAUGAACAUAGACCGUAACAUCACUCAUUUACAGCACUGCGGCUGCACUGACGACUGUUCCUCUAGUAACUGCCUAUGUGGACAGCUCAGCAUUCGCUGCUGGUAUGACAAGGACCAGCGGUUGCUACAAGAGUUUAAUAAAAUUGAGCCUCCCCUUAUAUUUGAAUGCAACAUGGCCUGUUCUUGUCAUCGCACAUGCAAGAACAGGGUGGUACAGGCUGGAAUCAAAGUUCGACUUCAGCUCUACAGGACCGAGAAGAUGGGAUGGGGUGUUCGAGCUCUGCAGGAUAUUCCCCAAGGCAGCUUCAUCUGCGAAUAUGUGGGGGAGCUGAUCUCAGAUGCAGAAGCGGAUGUUAGAGAGGAUGACUCCUACCUUUUUGACCUGGACAAUAAGGACGGGGAGGUGUACUGUAUUGAUGCCCGGUACUACGGCAACAUAAGCCGCUUCAUCAACCACCUUUGUGAUCCUAACCUCAUCCCAGUACGUGUGUUCAUGCUACACCAAGACCUGAGGUUUCCGCGCAUCGCCUUCUUCAGCUCCAGAGACAUCCUUAGCGGGCAAGAGCUCGGGUUUGACUAUGGCGAUCGCUUCUGGGAUAUUAAGAGCAAGUACUUUACCUGUCAGUGUGGCUCGGAGAAAUGCAAACACUCUGCAGAGGCCAUCGCUUUGGAGCAGAGCAGACUGGCUCGACUUGAGGCUAGUCCCGAGACGGGAGCGGACUGUGGGCUGGCUAUUCCUGGCAUUUAA